GGCCUAGUCGCUUCAGGUCUUGCGCAGACUGGGGUACGCGACAAUAGUCUUCAAUGCUCUUUAAUCAGACGCGUCUUGUACGACCUCAUGCCCAGAGAGCCACCAUCGCAUCUCCAACUCUGACAACCCGCACCCGUCGAAUUUCUUGUCUGCCGUUUUGCAUGACGGCACGUACAUUCCAAUGCCUAUGUACGGCGAACAAGGGAAUAAAUUGGUCGGCCAUGCCAAGAGAACACAGAACCUGGCAAACCUGCCCCCAUACCAGACCGAGCUUGUCCGUGAGGUCGCCCGCGAAGUUCGUGAUCUAGAUCGCGAUGUCGCCAGUCUCCUUGAGCCUUUCCAAGGAUCAUUUGAUCCCAACGCCGACCAGGCCACAGCAUGCACACUCCUCGUCAACCACCUAUCAAUGAGGAGGAACAAGCGUUGCCUGCUCGCGUAUCACAAGACGAGGACGGACAAGCUUGAGGAACUGGUGUGGAGCGGUGCGGACGUGGUCGACCUGUCAGGACAGCAGCUUAGGGAAGCUGUUGGACCUGCUGGGGUCGCAACGCGCCCUGGCGACUCGGGGACCAGCAGUCUCAGCCCCCAGGAGGAGGACUAUGUGAGGCAAUUCGGUGAUCUGCUGGCGGCAUACAAGGGCCAGUGGACCGACAUCGACCUCACCGGCAGCCUCGAGCCUCCUCGCGACUUGUUCAUCGACGUGCGGGUGCUGAAAGACGCGGGCGAGAUUCAGACUGAAUAUGGUGCCAUCACGUUGACCAAGAACAGCCAGUUCUACGUCCGACAAGGAGAUGUGGAGCGACUCAUCGCUCAGGGCUACCUCCAGAAACUGGGGUAGAGCGCAAGACAACGAUAUGACGAGUCGCUCGACGCAACAGAAGACGUUGCCUGGCCUGCACUCGUCUCCGUAUGGAUGAGUCUGCAGCCCAGACUGGCAGACACUGGCAGACAAGCGAAGCAGGUGGCAAGCAACGAAACCGGAGCUCGGCCACGAGCAAUGCUUUCUGAGAUGCUGUCAAAUCAGGUUGUCGCCUGCAUAAGCUCUCCUCUGCUGACUUUAUCCAGCAAUAGGGUCAAGAUGCGCGCGACCUGACGACAGUAUGAGGCGCGGGGCCCCGGCUCUUGCGACAAUCCUCAGGUCAUGCAGGCCAAAACCAGGGCAGCGUGACGACUGUUGCGGCGCGUCAUGUCCGGCAUCGCAGCAGAGUUGAAGCCGAGCUCAUGUGGUGUGGUCUCGGCCAGGGGAUUGGCUUUACAGGCAAUUUACAUGCAUGAGCAUGGGCCGUGCGGAGUGAGGGGGUUAAUGAACUGAUGGUUGUGUCACAGUCGCCUUGUGGUGCGCAUCGGCAAAACGUAUAAGCAGCAUGUGAGGGGAUAUGCACGAUGGGUUUCGUAGUCAAGAUCGUGACAAAGUUCCUGCAGGCAUGCCACUCGGGUGACUGGACGUUUGCCAAAACGAGAGCCGCCCAGGCCGUGGGGGAGCUGGGGAGGUACGGAGCAGCUAGGUAUUUCGGCUAGCAGAUCUGCUGCAGGUAAGGUGGGAAUGGGGGCCAAAUAUAGCUUGAGCUUGACAGGACCUGUUGUGUACCACAGUAGCCGGGUCGGCAAAAACUGCCUCGCCUGGGCUGUACGAG